UUUCGCAGUCACCUGCUGAGUAGAACGUUUCCAUACUUCUUGAUUAAAAGACACUGGGGCAAUGGCAGAAUUAAAGUCGAAAGGCGUUAAAACAGCGACAGAGAAGGCGAAGGUUGACACCAUAAAACGGGCACUUGCAAAGUCAGAUUCUAAUAUCAACUUGGCUGUGAAGGUGAUCAAACGAGAAGCUAUUGAGGAGUAUAUAAAUGGAAAUGACGAACCGAGGUCCUACUUCCCAUGCGUGGUGGCUGACAAAACUGGAUUUGUUUGGCUUAGAAUUUACAAGGAUCCUGAACGUACCGACUUCAAACCGGAGGCAUAUCUUAUAUUGAGAGGUCUUUUGAGGAAAAAAUGCGAAUAUAAACUAUGGUAUGUUUCAACAUCAAAGCACACAGAUGGGCCACAUGUUGAAAUACCAAAAGACGUUCUUAACGAUGCAAUGAAGGCAUCCAAGCCGAAAGCAGACACUGGGGCAAUGGCAGAAUAUAAGACGAAAGACGUUGAAACGGCGACAUACAUGAAAGAUAGGAAAACUGGGACAAUGGCAGAAGUCAAGGAGGAAGACGUUGAAACGGCGACAGAGAAUAAAGACAUACACGAUGAAGGUGUCAAGCGACUAACAAAACAUGCAGUAUAUGAACCAGACACUUGUAAGAGAUCAAAUCAGAAACGGCUAGAUGAUCUUUUGGCUGAGGAGGAUCUUUUUUCUUUGAUAAAAGAAACGCAAGAAAUAUGUCGGGUUAUAAAGUCUUUGGAUCCAAAUAUUCUUGAUGUUUAUGCUGCUUAUAAAUAUCCAAAGAGCGCACCACAUGCUGUUGCGUUCAUUGUUACGGUGAAAGACGACGACGUAAAUUUGGAGCACUUUGCACAAUACAACAUCGUAAAGCGCACAAUACAUCGUUAUAGCAAUGAGGGAAAGGAUGUUAUAUACUCUGAAAGCAACAAGCAAAAUCAACUGAAAGCACAUGACGAAUUUAGGCUUAAAACGACUAUAGAAAGAAAUGAAGAAUUGCUUAUGCAGAGACAUAAAUACUUAAACAUGAUAAGUGGAAGUGCAGUAAGGUCAAAAUGUUACAAUGAAAAUCAUGUUAUCGAAGCGACAAUCUGUUUAGUUUUGUACGUUCACGUGAAGGGAUAUGUUCCAAUUGAGGAAACACCCUUUCGCGACAAUUACAAUGGAAUUGCUGUUGACGUGAGGGAAGGUGGGUGUUGGAGGUUAAACAAAUCAAUUAACAUCGGAGAAGAAAUUGAACGAGACCGUAUUGGUAAAUCAGGAAGCAUCGGUGGCUUCGUUGAAGUACCCUCUAUUGGUCUUUGUGGAAUAACCUCUGCUCAUGUUCUUCUAACUGAUAAGGAGUACAUGCAAUGCAAGCAGGAAAAACGAUUUAUUGCAACGGGCUUGCAAAAUGAGUUCCGAAUAAAUACCUGCAAUGAAGAUAUCGGUCGACUAAUUUCUGCCAUGUAUGAAGAAGGAAAUGAUCGUGAAGCUGGCUUUGAGGUCGCCAUUUUCCAUAUUGAGCGUCUUUUUCCAUUUGAAGGAAUCGGUACCUCGUUUCACGGUGACACAUUGGGGGGAGUUGCAGAGGAGUAUUCAUUUGAAUCUGGACACAUAUUGGGGAAAAGUCAGUUUUAUCCGGAUGGUAAAUGUUGCAAAUAUGGGAGCGAGUCAAAGUUUACAAUGGGUAAACUUGUCAGUACCUCUGAAGGAAUGGGUUAUUUAUCCAUCCGAGAAAGGACUUAUGACGAAACCGAAGGUAUUGUUUUGCGAAAACAGUAUGAAGUUGAAGCAUUUUCAAAGGACACAUCGUUUGCAAUACAUGGAGAUUCAGGUGCAUUGGUGUUUUGUUGGCGAAACCCCGAAGAAUUGGUUUGUACAGGCAUGAUUGUUGCACAAACAUCAAAUAAAACAACUAUCGUUUCCCCAAUCGCUCCUAUGUUGAAACGUUUAGGAAUUUCUAAACUUAAAAACUUUAAAAAAGUUAAGAAUGAGCGACAGAAUAAAAGUUUGCACGAUAAAGUUGAUCAGAUGCAGGUAGGUAUCGAUGCACUUUUACAACGUAAACCUCCUCAAACUGCCUUAGAAAAAAGAUCAUCCGAUCAGACAAACAACAAAUGCACACUCGUUUGAAAAUAAAAUCUAAUUAUUAUUAACGCAAUUGAAUAACUGAUAAAAAAAGUUUGGCACUGAUAAAAUAUUAUUUGAUAUACAUGGGCUUUGGUUGAUAAUUGCCCGAGGGACACUAUUUUUUAUUAGCUCACCUGAGCACAAAGUGUUGAAGGUGAGCUUUUGUGCGUCGUCAACAAUUGGUUAUAAUCAUCUUCUAUUCCUAAACCGCUUGGACAAUUUUGAUGAAACUUCAGAGAAAUGAUCCUUUGUUGGUGCUGUUUCAAAAUUGAUCAAAGAACUUAAUUCCAUGCAGAACUGUGGUUGCCAUGGUAACCUAAGGGAAUAAUCAUCUUCUUCUCCUUAACCGCUAGGACAAUUUUGAUGAAACUUCAUAGAAAUAAUCCUUGGUUGGUGCUUUUUUUCAAAAUUGUUCAAAGAAAUUAAUUCCAUGCAGAACUCUGGUUGCCAUUGCAACCUGAAGGAAAAAAUACAAAACUGGUUUGGCAAAUACUAUGAAGCAUAGUGCUUAAAUAUUUGGUGUGUAACAUUGUCGAUUGGUUAUGUACCAUGUUUAUUCAAAUUAUGCCCCGUGAGAAAAAUUGGCCUCAGCCCGUGAGCUACAAGUUCAUUAUAAAUACACUUUGUUAAAAUCUUAUAGUUAUGUAAAAAAAUCUUGAAGCAAGGACAGCAAAUCUUGCUAUAUGGUCUCCCUUUUUGUUGGAGAUUCCACAACUAUCUAUUUUAGUAACAAGGGAAAAUAUUUUAAAUGUUAUUAAGUCUUCAUCAUAGUCACUUCUGAAGAAAUUAUUGUUCUUUUUUUAGGUUCAUAGAUUCAUAUAAUUAUUAUACACUUUGUUUUUUAGAAGAAAUUUCAUUUUUACUUAAUAAUAAAUUUAAUAAUCAGACUUUUCAAUUGAACUUCAUGUAGAUUAUUGUUCCUGCAAAUGCUAUAAUCUUAUAUUCUGUGUGAAUAGUGUUAUUCACUUAUAACUUAUAUAAAGAAACAUGUUAUUAUUAACAUUAGAAGGAAUGUGAUGUUGUCCUAGAUGUGUAAAGGUGAUAAUAUUAGUUGAAGGUGUUGGGAUCUGAUAUUUGAUUUUAAGAGCUUAGGCAGUUCAUUGAUUUUAUUGGUUUGUGCAAUGUUUGUUAUUUGUGUAUCUAUACUAAAAGUUAUUUCAGUGUGCAAGCAAUUUAACAUAGUUUUGUCAGUGUGCAGGCAAUUGAAAAAAGUCCUGUGAGUGUUCAGGUAUCUGUACCAAGUGUUGUCAGUGUGUAGUCAAUUAUCAAGUCCUGUCAGUGUGAUGCGCAGGGACCUGAACAAAGUCCUGUCAGGUUGCAGGUGAUAAUCAAAUUAUGUCAGUGUGCAUCAAGUCCUGUCAGUGUGCAGGCAACUGAACAAAAUCCUUUCAAUGUGCAGUCAAUCGACAAGUCCUGUCAGUGAUUAUCCAGGCAACAUAAUUGACCAGUAAGUUUUUAUGCCCCCGAAGGUGGGCAUUUUAUAAUCGCACCUUCCGUCCGUCCAUAUGUCUGUCCGUCCGUCCGUCUGUCCGUCUGUCCUGUGUCUGGCUCAAUAACCCGUGUCCGUGCUGUAACUUUCUCUUGUAUGGACAUAUAAUAAUAUAACUUGUCACAUUUGUUCGACAUAUCAAGACGACGUGUCGUGUGCAAGACCCGUGUCCUUACCUCUAAGGUCAAGGUCAAACAUAGUGUUUAUUCACAAUGGAAUGCUGCAUAUAAGUACAUAGAGUAUAAGUUAUCAUGCCCGCGCUGUAAAUUUUCCUUGUAUUGACAUAUUUUAAAUUGACUUACCAUGUUUGUUUGACAUACUAAGACGACGUGUCGCGUGCAAGACCUGUGUCACUCCCUCUAAGGUCAAGGUCACACUUAGGUGUUUAUUCACAAUGGAAUGCUGAAUAUAAGGACAUGGAGUAUAGGUUGUCGUGUCCGGGAUAUACAUUUCUCUUGUAUGGACAGAUUUUAAAAUAACUUGCCACAUGUGUUCCAAAUACCAAGACGACAUGUUGCCUGCAAGGACCUGUGACAGCUCUUGUUCACUAUUCUUUGAGAAACAAGCUAUAUUGAUAACAAAGGUUAAACUCAUUUACUCAGGUGAGCGAUUUAGGGCCACUAUGGCCCUCUUGUUACGGCUGUUAUCAAUCAAAUGCCAUGUCCAACACGAUCUUGUCUUGAAUAAUAUAUAAUUAUGUUUUGCCAUUUUGACUUAUAUGUUGUAUAUUUAUUUGUAAUAUUGCAGGUAUGAGAACAUAAAUAAUGUGAAAUGUCUUAUUUGUUUCAAGAAAUACAUUAUAUCAAUUAAGCUUCCAAUUUCCAUUCUUGAAAUAUGUAUUGUUACAGGAACUUUAUCUCGUUUUUUUUUGGCAUUCUGUUUUACCUGUGAAUACGGCUAGAACGAUCAAACCUAGAAACAGUGUUAUCCGUAAACCUGCUCGAAUGACACUAUUUGCUGUAUCCUUGUUUUAUUUUGUCAAGUGCCACUUUCUUUAUCGGCAGUGUUGUUACCCAUGUUUUAUAUAUUUUCAAGUCUGUUAAGCAUGCCCGACUUCAUUUGAACUGGCAUAUGUGUAUCUCUUAUUAAAUCGUCAAUGUUCAUGUUGUUGUAUAGAAUAAAUGUGUUUCUUUAUUGCCAGUGGCAUUUUUAAUAAAGCCAUGUCCAAAGUUCA